GCUUCUGCUCUUCCCGACCCUGCUGCAGCCGAAACAAAAGAAAAAGGGAGCCCAGCCAUGCCUUUGAGAAACCGGUGAGAUAAGCUUGGUUUUGGCCUUCUUUUCUUGUUCUAGAACAAGAUUGGAACCCAGAAAUUCUCCCCCCCUGCUGGAAAAUCCGGAUCUGCUUUGCUCUGUCCGCCGGCUGCUCUUGUUGUGGGUGCAAAUUCUGGGCAUUUUUAGAUUUUUCUUGAAUUUCUCCUGCACUUGCAGCCGGCUUCUUCUCCCUGCAGCUCCGGUUCCUUGCUUGCAAAUUCUGAUUGUUGUGAUUUUUGGAGAGAAAAUCCCGUGAAUUAGCUAGUGUUUUGGCCAAUUUUGGAAGUGUAGUUAAUGUCCACACGAGUACUGUUCACGGAUACUGUUCACGCACUAAUGGUUAACAAUUAACGGGGAUUUAAAUGUUUAGUUUGUGAGAUAAGAACAAAUUUGGAGAGGUCUAGUCAUGUGGAGAUUGAUAGGAAUAACAUCGUGAUUAGGGGGCUAGUCAUGAUGAUUUCAGUUUGAAUUUGUGGUAGUGUGAUAUUAAUUCUCGGGUGUUUUGAUUAAGUUCCUGAUCGUUCUGUCAGUUUAGCGCUGAGAUCGAGUCUUCGGUUUUAUGCGAGUGAGGUAAGUAAAUUUAUGGUAAUGCCGUAUAGUUUUUAAAAGCAUGUUUUGAUUUGUUUUUGAAGUGGUGGGAAAACUAAACCCGUUUUACAUAAGUAUGACUGAUUUGAAGUGAAAUUUUUAUGCUUUUCAUUAAAUUGAGCAUGCUUGCUUGAGAUUUAAUUGAUUGUCCUGAUGAUCUGAAAGUGAUUGAUGAAUUAUGAUUUUUUUGUUAACCUCUGCCUGUUUUGUCUUCGAUAUGGUCAUGUUAUUCGUGUGCCCACUAGUGGGAGAUUUAUAAACGCUAGCACAUGUCGACAUGUUACUGAUAGAACCGGUUCGUUUCUAUUAUUCUGCUAGUGGGAUUAUACAUUAGUAAAUCGUGUGCCUGUCAGUGGGAGGUUUAUAACACUGGCCGUGACCUAUAGAGGAGACGUCUAUUUCGUUCCGUAUUCGUAACUGUUUUCGUGAUUAUACUAGUUGGCAUGCUAUAAGUUUAAUAAGGGCACUCCAUAUUUUACUUACUGAGUUUAUCUCAUAGUUUUUCUUUAUCCACCAUUUCAGAAAACGAAACCGAGGAUGAGGAAACCACGGGAAGUGACGAGUUAGAAAGCUAGCCAUUUCGAGAUUGAUAUAGAUUUUAGAAAUAGAUCAUGAUCUUGUAAACUGGAUUUUAAUUGGAGAUUUUAUAAAUUUAUUGAAUGGAUUGUUAGUUACAAGAGAUUUGAUCUUCAGAUUUUGGUGGUAUCAUAUUGUGAUAUGAUAAGUUUUGAGUCUUGUGCAUUUGUGGGACUCUCUCACGAGUGCAUGACGUCUGUCACAUCCCUGGAUUUGGGAUCUGGGGCGUAACAAAAGACGAGAGAAAGGCCCUAGAAAUUCUCCGUUAAACUGUGCUGAGCUGUUUUUAUGUUAAAGAUGAGUUGGCCUACUUUAAUGAGGUGUGAAUGGUUUGAUUGGUUUGAAAUACCAUGUCAGCUGGUAUACCUCUGAUACACUAGAAUUUCUCGGGCUAUACUUAAGUACGUGUCAGUUAUGCAGAAUACUAUUUUUUUUUUAUGUACAUUAAAAGUUAGUGGUAUCAAUAAAUUUUAUUUUAUUUU